UCUAUUUAUAUGGUUUGAAAAACACCAACUAAUAAUCAAGGCUUUCUCAAGAGAAUCCAAUCCUAAACUGUUGAUUACUUACACCAUCUUGAAUUCCUUGACCAAACUUCAAUUUCUCUCUUUCAAAUCAUUACUUUCUUUCCCUGGGAGCUAGGCACAUAGUAAUGGCUUUCAACUCAACAAAAGAGUUUUCCGAUAUUAUGCAUGAACUCUUAGCUAAGUGUGAUAUUACAACAGAUUUAAUGUCUAAGUUGUAUACUAAGCUAAGUUCUUUUUACAGAUUAGAACUGAAAUUAAAUCUGGAAGAGGAGUACGGCAAACCAAUGUUAUGGAUUGGGCUGUACAUCACUUUGGCAUCACUGUGUUGCAUCCUUCUAAUGUUGGCUGAUUUAUUACAUGGUUUAAGAAGCAGAAAGCUAUGGUUUCCCUGUAAAUACUUUACUAUUAAUGGAUUUACUCUCACUGUGAUAGCUGCUGCAAUGAAGUUACCCGUGAAUCUUAGUGGUUCCUUGCCUGGUGUUGUGGACCAAGUGGCAAAGCUCGGAAGCAUGGCCUUUAUGUGCACCAUGAUGGCUAACUUAUUGCCUUGUUUAGCAACCAUGGACAACAAUGAGCUUUUGACAAACAUUACAGCUUUGGGUGUUUUGGUAAUCAACUUGGUCGGCAAUGUCGUCUUUCAAAUACAAACUGGUGCUGUUGGAUCUAAUGCAGAUGCUAAGUAUUUUGGUCGAAUUCUAAGUAACUUAUCUUGGUUGAAUUCAAUUUAUGUGACUUUGUUACUUGUGUUGUUGAUAAUACAUGUAUCUUCAUCUAUAGCAAUUCUAAAAUCCAAACAGAUUAUAGAAUCGAAAUACCAACAAGGUCAUGAAACAGCUUCAAAAGACCUUCAACAAUCAACUGGAAAAUUAUUAACCGUUGAGAAGCUACAGCAGCUUGCGAGCAGCUAUUGGAUCAUGGCAGGAAGUGGCAGCCCCCAAUUCAUCAUGGCUUGCUCGGCGACAACCACUACUUCUGGCGUAAUAUGUGCUUUAUCCACCAUCUUACACACUUUUACUGUGUCUUGGUUUAUUUCUGGUUUGUUGGAAACGGAAAGUGAUUCAGAUUAUAAGUGGUCAAUCUCACUAAUUCUCAUAGUACAAUUUGUCGGGGUUGUAGUUGGUACAAUUGCACCACUUUCAAGAUGUUUUGCAACCUUAAGCUUCAAGGUGUCCAUCAAGAGCAUUUGGAAUCAUAUUAAGGUCUUUAAAGUAGAGAAAUACUGGACUCAUAAGUUAUAUGACUGGAAAUAUGGUAUCAUUCCAUCCCCAUUUCGUAGCUGCAAACGCAAACUCAAGGUGAUCAUCAAGAAUCUAAAAGGCCUAAUUCUCAUGUUUUCUAUAAAAAUUCAGGAGGGAGUUGUGGUACUAUGCAAGAUAAUUGCGUUGAUCCCCUUUUGCUUUAUGAUAUGUGUCCUGUAUUGUUUGCGUUUUUUGAAGUGGUCAUUACAGGCCAUUUUUCGUUCAUGGGAAAAACUGCCUCAGAACUUGGAACAACGCAAAUAUGUUUUGCAACUUGAAGUUGAAAAUGAGCUAGCUGACAGAACCUUGGAAGGUCUUUUGAAAACUUUUAACCGACUGAUCCAAAAGAGUGAAAAGAAGCAACCCAAAAGUCUCAUGACGCUAAUUGAAGAAAAUUCCACAGAAGGUUUUCAAGGAGUUAAGAUCUUCAACAAGGACGGUCCUCAUGUUCAGUGUUCCCCAUCCAAAGUAGAAUAUCGAGAUUGCUGGAGCUUACCGGUGGUAACCCUAACAACCAUUGCCGUUACUCUUCCUAACAUCGAAAAGGAGAAAGUUAAAAGCUUGUUAAAAAGCGUGAGGGAAGGGCUUGAGUACGUCACACUUGUAGAAGAAACCCUCAAUGCUACUGAUGAUCACUAUAAAAGUAUUCAAAAGGCCUCUAAAGUCUUGUGGGAAGAGGUUGAUUUCCGCCACAGAUGGUUAGGAAUCAAGUUGAAAAAAAUUGCUUCUCAAGUGAAAAAAGAUGGUGCCCAAGUAGAUACAAAUCUGCUAAUUGUUCAAUUGUUCUUGAAGAAAGCUACAUCCAAGAUCGAGGAAGGGAGGGGAAGGACGGAUAUUGAAGGCCCGGAUGGUUAUUCCGAACACAUAUCUAUUUGUGCCUACUCAAUGUGCCGUAUCACUGAAACAAUCAUUGAUGACACGGAAAGCCACAAGAAGCUAUUUGAUGAAUUAUCCUCAAGGAUCGCUGACAUAAUGGCGGCAUGUCUCACCAACCUACCCCAUGUCAUUGCAAUGAAAUGCCACACUAGUGUGAUAGAGAAAAGGGAGGCAAGUGUCCAAGUUGCAACUAAACUGCUAGGUGAGACUAAGCACAUAGUCAACACACUUCAAGGCCCCCUUCAAGACAAAUGGCAUGCUUAUUUAAGUAUGAAUCCAGAAGACUUGGCGUUUAUUGACAAAUGGCAUGCUUAUUCAAGUGAACCUUGAAUCACAUCCGUUCUUCAAUUAAUGAACUACCUUUACUCCUCAAAGCAAAUCCGAUGGGAUCAAGAUUGAACUAAUAGUUUGGCGAACCAGCGUGUGAACCAGUGUUUGAAGCUACCUUUAGUUUCUAAACUUUGUAACAAGUUAUUAUAGCGAAGUCCUUUGUUGUAAUAACUGGUACCUUUUCCUAGUUUACUUGUAAGAUAUAUGUUGCUUGUUGAAUGUAUUUGAUAUUUGGUAUGGUUUGAGAAA